UGUUGCGAACAAACAUGGUCAAGUUGUACAAAUUGGACAUGAGCCCACCGGCGAGGUCGUGCAUGGUAGCAUGUGAGCUCUUCAACGUACCCGUUGAGCUGAUUGAUGUUAACUUUGCGGAGAGAGAACAUUUAAAACCUGAAUACUUGAAGAAAAAUCCUUUACAUACCGUACCUGUUCUGGAAGACGGCAGUUUGGUUAUAAGCGACAGCCAUGCCAUUUUAAUGUACCUCGCAGAUGUAUACGGCAAGCAAGAAUCCUUCUAUCCGAAGGACCCUAAACAGAGAGCUCUCGUCAACCAGAAACUCCUCUUCAACAGCACCAUUUUGUACAUCAGGCUGCGAAACAUAUCGUACCCCCUAUUUAAGGAAGGAAUAACGGAGAUCCCUCAAAAGAACCUCGACGCCAUCGAGGAGGCGUACGGCUUCAUUGAGGAGUUCCUGUCCCGGACCAAGUAUCUGGCUAGUGAUAAUAUCACCAUUGCCGACAUUUCAGCGUACGCUACUGUCACUGGCCUUGUUGUAAUGAAGGAGCUCAACGCUCAAAAAUACCCUAAAACGCAAGCGUGGUUAAAAGAUCUAGAAAAACAACCUUACGUUCAAAAGGGCAACGCAAAAGGUGCUGAGGUGUAUAAACUGUUUCUUAAAUCCAAACUUGGUAUGGUCAAGUUGUACAAAUUGGACCCGAGCCCCCCGGCUAGGGCGUGCAUGGUAGCAUGUGAGCUCUUCAACGUUCCCGUUGAGCUGAUCGACGUCAACCUUUUGGAGGGGGAACAUUUAAAACCCGAAUUUUUGAAGAAAAAUCCAUUACACACCAUUCCUGUUCUGGAAGACGGCAGUUUGGUGAUACACGACAGCCAUGCCGCUUUGAUGUACCUCGCCGAUGUAUACGGCAAGCAAGAAUCCUUCUACCCGAAAGACACCAAGCAAAGGGCUCUCGUCAACCAAAAACUCUUCUUCAACAGCACCAUUUUGUUCCCGAGACUGCGAAAUAUAACGUACCCCAUAUUCAUGGAAGGAAUCAAGGAGAUGCCUCAAAAGAACCUAGACGCCGUGGAGGAGGCGUACGGCUUCAUUGAGGAGUUCCUGUCCCGGACCAAGUAUCUGGCUGGUGAUAAUAUCACCAUCGCCGACAUCGCAGCGUACGCGACGGUCACUAGCCUUCUUAUACUUCUGGAGCUCAACGCUCAAAAAUACCCCAAAACGCAGGCGUGGCUAAAGGAUCUAGAGAAACGACCAUACGUUCAAAAGGGCAACGCAAAAGGUCUUGAGGAUAUAACACAUUUUAUUAAAUCGAAACUUGCUUAAGCUAAAAUAGGUCCAAUGGAGUGUUGUGGUUUUUACGUAACAUGACUAUUUUAUGUUUUUUAUUUAUUUAUUUAUAUUUAAGGU